AUGGGCUCUUCUAAUCACACCGUUGUUACUGCUGAUUCAAAGUUUUUUAUCAUGUCUACUGUUGAAACAUUUCACGAAAUUUCACCAUUUCUUGUUCAUAAGCUUAUUCAGUCACAUAUUGGAGAAGUGAAAAAUGUUAAAAAAUUGAAAUCUGGAGAUUUAUUAAUAGAAGUAUCGAAUUCUUCACAAGCAACAACUUUAAGUAAACCUACUACAUUAGGAAACUUAAAAGUUAACGUUUCUGUGCACAGAAGUUUAAAUUUCUCUCGCGGAGUUAUUUCUGAGCGUGGUCUCAAAAACCAUACUGAAGUAGAAUUAGUUCAGGAAUUGUCUGAACAAAAAGUUUGUGCAGCACGCUGUAUUUACAUCAAACGGGAUGGUCAGCUAAUUCCUACGCAGCAUGUUGUCUUAACGUUUUCAACCACUGAUCUACCAAAAUUUAUCAAAGCAGGUUACUUAAGAUGCACAGUAAAACCGUAUAUUCCAAAUCCGGUCAGAUGUUUUAAAUGCCAAAAAUUUGGCCAUUCACAGCAAGCUUGCAGAGGGUCGAAAAUCUGUGCUAAGUGUUCUGUUUCUGGUCACGACUCUUCUGAGUGUAUUUCUGAUGAUGUAAAAUGCAUAAAUUGCCAUGGAGAUCACCCAGCGUAUUCGAGAUCUUGUCCUCAAUGGAUACUCGAAAAAGAAAUCCUUUCAACAAAGAUACGUCGAAAUAUUUCCUUUGCUGAAGCCAGGAAAUUAGUUACUGACCGCAAUCCCAAACCAGGAUUAUUAUACUCUUCUGCAGUAAAGCAAUGUUCACACUGUGUCCAUAUUACAGAUUCCACUAAAGCCGAAUCUAACAUGUCAUCUAAAACGAUUUUAUCAACAAUACCUCCUAAUUCUUCACAACGGGCAAAAGAACCACCAAUUUCUGCAAACACUUCUUCUACUAUUAAUACUUUGUUGAAACAAAAAUCCGAAAGUUCAAAUCAAAUCCAGACCAUUAAAGUAACAAACAACCAAAACUCUUCCAAUUCUAAGAAACCUGAACAUCUAAAGGAAAAGAAAGAGGUCAAAAAAGCUCGUUUGGCUGCCUCAAAGAAAAAGAAAGAUUUGACAAAUCGCCCUAUAACUAAAAACGAUUUUUUUUAA